AUGGCGCUACUUCUGGUAGUACUCAGCUGGUUUACGAAUGGUUCGAUUCUUGCGAAGAUCAUCAAUCUUCGUAGGAGAAUAAUUUGCACGGCUUGUUAACUUGUUUUAUUUCUUAGUAUCUAUUGACAGCAUCAGCAAGUCUUCUUCUACACAGUCCUACUCGAUCUAGAACUAUAGACUGUGAAGCGUCCUCGGUAUACCUCACUAUUGCGGUUUUAAAAUCGACCUGGACUUCGAGACCGAGAUCGCGAGGAGGCUCUAAUAGUUUCCUCUUCCUCAGAAUGAUCAAUUCUCUUUUGGCUAAGCUCUAACUGGGCGCACUGGCUGUUGGUCACUAUAGCGACCGCUGUUGUCGUCCAUCGCGCUAUGCGGCCCACACAAGAAAUAUGUUUCGUCCACCACUGUGUUGUCAAUAAGGAAGCCCUGAUCAUUCGCUGCAAGAUCAUUCGGCCUACAGUGGCACUAAUCGCCCCGGAGGUGAAGCUUGCAUGUUACCGCGCAGGGAUGCGCAUAAAUCUCCCCCUGUCCGGUGGCAUUGUCGGGUGGCCUAUGUGGGAGGUAGCAGCGCCGCUUACGAUUCGACACCUCAUUACCGAAGAUAGCCCUUUGCACCCAAUCCUAAACAACGGGGGACUGAAUGGAGUCCUUUUUAUCACAGUGUCUGUUCAGGCGACGGACGCUUCGGGGUUGCGUUUGUGAAGCGUGCAGAUACGUGAAUCCGGAUCACCCUUAAUGCUAAAUCCGGAACGAUGCUAAAUUCGUUGACGUCAUGGAAUUCGACCAGCAACUCAGCAUCAACCACGACCACUUCAACCACGUGGUUUUCAAGUUAUGCCUAGACAGUUAGUAGUUCAUACAACAUCUAGCUGUACGACUGAUUUAUUUUGUGCUUGCAUGCAUUACUAGCAGAGGUCUCGUCUCUUUUACUUUUUGUGAAUUAGAAUUUCUAAGAAAGCAGGAAGCGGAGACUCCUGGAACAGAAACAGUGGCGGCAACCAGAUACGUACCUCCGUAGCAAAUCCAACUUGUCCAACCAACUUGAACAAGCUGCAGACCCUAACUCGAGACGCGAUUGACACUGGUUACUGACUUACCUUUUCGUCCAGAAGUAUCGAGCUCGAGGCCGACCUAAAUUAUACAUCACUGUACAGCACUAUGGUCGUUGUGCAUCUUCGUGAUCAGUAAAGCUUGCCUACACCAGAUUAGCAUGUUGCAAGUGACGCCAAAGCCGAAUGACGUGGUCACGACGCGGACGUGCCACUGAGACGAUCCAUGAUUCUGAAGUAUCUCCGAGGUGAUGCCCUUGGCCUCGGCAUGCAGGGUAGGGGAAGCUUGGUGUACACGACUACAUGUGGCAGAGAAUUGAAUAAAGUAAAGAAAGUGAGCAGCACAAUCUGCCAAGGUGAAUAGAAAGCAAGGAAAUAGUGAAUGGAUGAACAUGAAGGACCAAAAGCGGGUGCAGUCUUGUUAAAAAAAACCUGAAAUCAAGAAUGCAGAUGUACUUAGCUCGUUGGCCGAUUCCAAAGAAUUUUUUUAUAAGGCAG